AUGUCAACCUCUGCAGAAAUCUUGCUUGAGACAGUACUCGAAGACAGAGUGUGGAUCAUCUCGAACUACACCAUUGUUUCCUCUACAGCCGUAUGGUUGCUUGACCUGCUUCAAACUUUACCUAUGGAGAUUAACAUUGUCUGGUCAAGUAAACCGACCGGCACUGCGGUUAUCUUCCUUCUGAACAGAUACAUAUUCGGAAUAUAUCUCAUCAUGAUCACGUUGUUUUCGAGUCCCGGCUCUGUCUCAGACGAAAGUUGUAGUGCACUUAGCAUUCUUGCCAGCUCUUUUCAGGUGGUUGCACUGUUCACUACGAACCCUAAUAUCGUUGUCGUUGCCCUUCCUCUGGUGCUUGACACGCUUGUCUUUGCCAUCACCCUCAUCAAAUUAUAUCGACACUUCCUAGAGAUGCGAGGAUACAAUCAGAGGAGCCUCUCUGGUCUUUUGCUACGCGAUGGAAUCCUUUACUUUUUUGUAGUGUUCACGAUCGCAGCUGCAAACCUUGCAUUCGAAGUUAAUUCGGUGUUGAACGGUUCUCAAACUCAAGAAUUACUGUCGGAAAUUCUUCAACCGUAUUUCAAUCUAGCUCCGAACCUUCUCAUCAAUAGGCUCUAUCUAAACCUCCGUGCGAUAAAUCAUCAAAGUGACACCGUGACACCCGAACACAAUGGGAUGCCCGAAAUGGCCUUCGCUCAAGAUCGAUUCUUAGGCAACAUAGGCGCACCGCUCGAUCCUGAUUGGUGGAACGCCCAGUUUGACGAUGACGAGGGCGAUGGUGACGAGCUGGCCAUACAGGAUGGCUCAAUAACGCCAACGGGUAACAACGGGGUUACCACUCUUGUCCCUGUUGUUUAUGAGGGAGAAGGCCACGGCGACAUCGAGAUGGUGCUCAUCCAAAGAGAGUCCGAAACGCCUAUGGUAGGACCAUCGCGUUCCGUCGAGGUUGUGGCCUGA